AUGGCUGCUGCAGAAGGAGACCCGUGGAGAGGGGCUGCAGCGGGUGCUGCGACCAGCCUGCUCGUCGCAUGGCUGCUGUCACAGCCGCACCAGGCUGCGGCUGACCGGCUCGCAGCCCACUACCUCUUGCCAUACCUGUCAGAUUCACCUCCUAGCAGUCAAGUGACCGUGGAAUUCUGCAAUCUUUUUCAGAUCGUGGAGAAGCCGUACUACGUGAUAUUCGCAUCCUGCUGGGUGUGUGCAUUGAUGCAGCAGUUGAUUGACACAUCGAGAUAUUAUGAAGAACGCUAUGAGGAGCUUAGCAAGACGCAGAAGUGCUACGUUGGCAUCCAGCUAUUGACGCUCGUCCUGGAAACCCUGGCUAUUGUUGGCAAGAUCGAUUGGCUGGCAGGGGAAAGCUUGUGGCACAUGUACAAUCUGUAUGUGUACGUCUUUGUGCAUUCCUCUGUGUUUGUGCGUUCCAUCAUGAUGUCAAUGAUAAUUUGGGAUUGGCUUCUUGCGCGUCUGCUCGGACGACCUGUUUUCGGAGCAGAAUAUGAUGGCCAAGGUUGGCGAGAUUGGCACCGUGCGGUCCUUCUCAUUAUCAUUAUGCAGUUUGGAUCGUCUGUGUUUGUCAUGAUGGUGGUCACGCUCACGCAUGCAAUUCCAGCUUUGAUUCUGUACUAUCCCGUCUUCCUCCUCGCUGCUGCGUUCAUCAUCAAGUUCCGUUCCUGGCUGGAGCUGCUGGGGCUCAACCCCGAUGGCCGAGCAGGGCGUGGCCUCGUGAUGGCAAGCAAUUCCUUCGUUGCCGUGGUUUCGAUUCAGACCAUGAUCGCCUCCAUCAUCCGAGUGUACUUUGGUGAUGUAUGGCACCGAGGCUACUUGGCGCCACUGACCUUGGGCUGCAGUGCGACAUGCGCAGCAUUUGCAGACAGAGCAUCCCGUGGUUGA